AUGGCAUUUCCCCCAGAGCGUAUCACCGUCAAGAGGCGUCGGGAUGAGGAUCCAGUUGAGGCUUUAUUUAUACAACAGAAGAAGCAGAGGCCCAGUGGUUUCUGGAAGUUGGUGGACGAUGACAAUGACACGCCUCAAUAUGCAGUACUUCUCUCCUCAUCCAAUGCUGUCAAAGAGACUCGGACUACCACGACUGCAUUUCAAUCACCCAGAGUACCCACCGUGAGGACUACUCUACCAAGUGAAGACUUCGAUGAGUCAAACAACGCCAUUCCUCGUUUCUCAAAGACUAAAAAGCCUAGAGCUGAAGCGUCUGCCAUCAUUGACAAGCGUCAGUUGCAAUCUGAGAUUACGCAACACAAGCAAUCUCGCCAGAAACCCCAAGAUAUUCUUGCGUCCGCGUUGAGAGCACGAAAGUUCCAUCUGGUCAUAAAUCCUUCGCCUAUAUCUUCGCCGCUUUUGGUUCCAAAGACUACCGCACAGAAGCAUAGAAAGAACCGGAGGAAGGACCUUGCUAUUUUCGUCGAGAGAACAGAAGUUAUACGCGAAGCAAAGAAAUCAGGCAGUGUUUCGAGACCUAGCAGUGGCGAACCAAGACAUCUCGACUAUAUUGAAAAGAAGGACAUAUCGCAGCUUGAGAAGCCUCGUAAACGGCCAAACGCAACUGCUGCGGAGCGGAAGUGGAGGACUGAGACCUGGGCCAAUCCCCCAAAGCCAAAUGAAGUCACCGAAAAUCUUACAAGAACAGCAGAAAACAUCAACGAGCCGUCAAGUCAAUGGAAUUAUGAGUCCACUGGGCUUGCCGAACAGCUGCAAGAGGUCGCUCUGGAGGAGAUUCGUGCCAGCGAGGAACGGGCAAAAGGGCUCAGUGGUGGUGGAAAACUCAAGGUCAAGCCCAAGCCUCCAAAGCCUCGUCAACCUAGGACAGAGACAUCGGCCGAUGAACGCGGUGGGGAUGAUAUCAUGCUAGAUACCAUCAAACUCGACGACGAUGGUGAUUAUGUGCUAGACACAUACGUUCGGUCAAGUGCACAGCCUUUCCGAGUUAUGGAGCCCACCGAGUUGCAUCAUGAUUCGUUGAAUAGUAUAGAUCCCGGCAACAUUGGAAUCCUGGUGAUUGAAGACGAAGAAGAAGAAGCACUCUGGGAGGCUUUCGCCGAGGAUCAAGAAAGCGACCCGGAAUGGAAUAGCGAAGAGGAAGAUGAGAAUGCGGAAGAUUAUUAUGGGAAUGACUACCCCGAAGAUGAGGUCAACUCUGACGACGAGUUCGGUAGAGGUGCUUACAAUUAUCGACAUGCUGCUUCUGACGACGAGGAGUUUGGUUGGUCUGAUGACGAAUAG